AUGGAAUAUUCAUCGGUCAAAUUAAACGAUUUACCUGAUGCGAUUCUUCUGAUUAUUAUGAAAAAAUUACAUAAUGUUGAAGUAUUCAACUCUUUCAUAGGUGUUAAUAAACGAUUCAAUAGAAUUGCACAUGACCGAACUUUUUCAAGCUAUUUAUCAUUGAUGAAACGUUCAUCGCAUAAUUCCAUGUACGAUCCCUUGUCUGAUUCAAUGUUUAAUCAGUUUUGUUCACAAAUUUUACCAGAAAUUCAUCAUCAAAUCAAUUGGCUUGAUCUUGAAUCAACAGCCAUGGAUCGUAUUCUUCUUGCUACGAAUUAUCUGAAUUUAUAA